AUGAAGUGGUAUCUUAUAUAUUUAUUUUUGCUACCAUUUAUUGCUAGUGAUCCAAUAAGGUUAUUAAAUCAAAAAUGGGCAAAAAUGUUUUCACACAAUUCGUAUAAUAGGAAUAUUGAUCCUUUGAAUUUUUCAAAUGAAGAUGAAUAUCAGGAUGAAGCAAUGAAAGAAAAUUAUGGUUAUAGUUCUCAAGGUAUGAAAGAUUUAGAUGAAGUUGGAACAUUGACAGGGGGUGGUGAUUCAUCAAAUCUUCAAGUUAUGCGUCCAUAUUAUACAAUGGCAGAUAUGACAGCAAAUGGAAAUAAACAAGGACUUGGUUCAUACAUACAUAUUCUUCCUGAUGAAGAUUAUGGCGAUAAACCAAUAUAUACGUUAGGAGGAUCUUUUUCAGGAGGUCUUGAACCCGCAGGUGUUAAGAUGGGUCAUAUUGCCAGACCAUUUGGAAAAUAA